CUUCUCUAGCUGCAGUGUCAGUGCGGGUGCAGGCUGCGUACGAUGGGGUCUCGGAUCGGACGCAUGUUUCGCAAUUUUAAUUUAGAAAGUCGUGCUCAUCGUGAACUACAGAGGGAAAAACCACUGCCCGCUCCUCGAUAUGCUACUCCAGAUAACGCGCCCGUGACCGCCCAGGAUGCAGAAGUCACUGGGGAAAUUCACAAAAAAAAUGACCCAUUACUGGCUCUGUUGAAGACUGUGUACGUGGAAUCAGAAGAUCCUAAGCCUCAGGCGCUGGAGCAACAGAAGGAGAAGGAGGAGGAGGAGCGCAGGCCGCUGAAGUUCAGCUUGCCGAGUGACCCAUAUGGCAUCUGUGACAUUACCGACGUCCCCAAAGGCAAGCUGUCUAUCGUGGAGGCCCUGACAGCAGUCAACAACCACAAACGCUACCCUCAAACAUGGACUCCAGAGAAAGUGGCCCAGGAGUACUCUUUAGACUUGAAAGAUACCCGGGGACUAUUGAACUUUUUUGUGCCCUUUGAGGUGAAGAUAUUACCACCAGCAAUUGGUAAAAAGGCCCCAAAACAGAUUGAAGACUCUUGAGAUCAAGAUGUAGUAUCCCCCCCCAAUCUUCCUUAAGGGUGUAUUUGUAUUCGUCCGUGCAUGAAUAUUACUUGUUUAUUUUGAUAUUUUCUGAAUACUGAGAAGUAUAUCAUUUUUUUCUCUGCUUCGAAGCAUACUGCAAUUAUUUAUUGGUGUAUUUUAAUACUGGCCGUAUGACUGUAUCAGUAAACUGUACUAUUCCCGAGCAUUUGGGGUUACGUUGCAAUAUGAACAUAAACACGCACAACCGUUUGAAUCAGA